GGUAAGUGACACUACAACAUCAAUUUUACCCAUAACUUCCUAUAUUUUCAUUCUAUGCAUUUCAUGUUACAGGAAUUAAGAUCCCUAGUUGAAACAAACAAACAAUCAACGACGAACAAUGCAUACGUACAGGUGAUAACUAUGGCCCAUAACCUUGCUAACAUGAGCUAAUUUCUGUUCAUUGACCAACUCCUAAUUUUAGGAACAAGAGCAACCAAGCAAUGGCAAGUUUUCAUCAACUCCUGGGUUUGACGCAUGGAAAGCACGGACUUCUGCUGGUACACCUAGUGCAAAACCUGUGGUGCAAAACGAGGAGUUGGACCAAGACAUCCCACCACGGAAGCCUGUAUUCAACAAUGAUUACAUAUUGACAGAUGAAGACUAUGAGGCUGAACUUUUCAUCCGAGGGAGUCACGACCUUGUUGAGGUAGUUCACAUCGAAGACAUUGUGCUAACAGUUCAUCAACUCAAGCCAAAUGUUAGCAAACUAUUCUUCGUCGAUGACGUAAGGCCCGUAUACUGCAAUCUACAUCAAGUAUUCUAAAUUGUGCCAUAUUACAUGACUACAAAUUUUGCAGGUUAUUAAUGCAUAUGCACACAUUAGCAAUGUUGCAACUGAUGCUACAUCAUUCAUUUCCACCGUAGAAAGCAGAAGAUUGCUAGGCGAAUUUGGGGGUAUUCCAAUGGGAUGCAAAAGCCCACAUGUUGCUAAUGUAGCAACGAAAUUUGUAGGACGCAAAAUGGUAUGCAUAUUUCCUGACUUGUUUAAUUGUAUAUCUUGAUUUUCCCUAAAUUGAGUCCGCUUUAAUUUUCUGCCAGGUACGUGUCCCAAUGAAUGUGCACAGCAUGCACUGGUUAUUACUCGUGUUUAAUUUAGACAAAGAAGAGACCCAGGUCCUAAACUCCAUCCAAGCAUAUCGUGACAUUGCCAAGGAAACUGCACUGGUAAGCUUGCUCUCUUGCUUCCUCUUACCUCAUGUGACACUUUUUGAAAUGCACUGACGCAAUCCCUUGAAUCACUCCUCAUACACCAGGUGGAGUCCAUUCAGGCGUGUAUCAACGAAGCGGUCGAGGAUGGCUUGGUAACACUGCCUAAACCCAUCAAUAUUACCCAGUGGAAAACCACUUGCUAUACUAACAUACCACAACAGACGGAUGGGUACGUAUAGGCAGCUACAUGAUUCCUCACCUACAUUACAAUACUUAACUUCAACUUUACAUCACAGUUAUUCCUGUGGGGCGUACACACUCAAAUACAUGUUGACAUGGGACGGAGACAAAAUUACUGAGGAUUUCACACAGGCAGAAAUACAUAUUUUCAGCUGGAAAAUAUGUUCAAGCCUGCUGCGUUCGGAUUGCAACAAGCUUCGGAAAAAAUCAUACAAGAAUCCUAUAGAGAAGGACGAGUACGAAGCCAGCAUUCCAGAGGAACGAAAAGGUGCAGACGACGACGUCACGAUUGUCAGCAACCCUGAUGUUACAAACAAACCAGACACAUCCGGUGCCCCAAAGCGUAAACGUGGACGCCCGAGGAAGAAUGCCCCUCCUAGUAAUCCAGUGAAACAACAAUUUGACACAGAGACUAUCGCUAAACAAGUGGAGUCAAAAAGACGCAAGCGCAAACCAUCAAACGCCGUGUCCAGCCCAUUCGUACAGCCAUGAAUGGGCUACACGGAGAGGCACUUCAAGGGCAGAUCCAAAUGAUUGAUCUUCAUGGCAUGUUCUUUGAAUUAAAGACUACACUUAUGUUCUAAUGUUUUUGCAUAUUAUUUGUAUGCUUA